AUGCACUCCUCUAGCCGAACCUUCGCUCCGCCCUCGAGGCCUCGUCGCAUCGACACGAGCAGGCGGACCACCACCGCAGCGGAACCAAAGACACACGGCCCUGUUUCCCAGAGGGAAGACAAAAACAUGAACACCAUUUCCUCUCCUCGGCGCUCCACCAAAGCGACCCCCGAGUCUUCCAGGACCAGGGUGGGGGUCCAGCCUCGUGCCCCCAGAUUGGGCUUACAGAGAAACACAGCUCCCCUCUCUACGACCAAACCCAAACCCAAAAGUGUCCGUGCAGCAGCAGCUGUGUCCAAACGCGCCCCUCCUCCUCCUCCUCUUCCUCUUCUUCCUCAUCUGGACCCCAACUGUAAUGAACCCAGCCUGCCUUGUCUGUGCUGCGACGGCCAUUCCCCCCAGGACAAUAACAGUCUGUUCAACCACAACCACAACAACAACAAUACCAUCUCCAUCAGACAGCAGCUGAAGCUUCAGCCCCCUCCACCACCUCCCCUGCUACCCCAGAGACAGGAGGGGACAGGGGGCAAGACCAAGACACAGGCCAGCCCCUCUCAGACCAGGCCCCAGCCUCAGGUCCUGGCCCCGGCCUGCCCCCCUAAUGGCCUGGAACUGGAGAAAGGAAUAAAAGAUGAGGAGAAUGCAGAUGUUAACAAGAACACAGAUGUGGUCAUAGAUAACAAGAAAGAAACAGAGGAAGAGAUGGAUAACAAGAAAGAAAUGGAGGAAGAGAUGGAUAACAAGAAAGAAACGGAGGAAGAGAUGGAUAACAAGAAAGAAACAGAGGAGGAAGAGAUGGAUAACAAGAAAGAAACAGAGGAAGAGAUGGAUAACAAGAAAGAAACAGAGGAGGAAGAGAUGGAUAACAAGAAAGAAACAGAGGAGGAAGAGAUGGAUAACAAGAAAGAAACAGAGGAGGAAGAGAUGGAUAACAAGAAAGAAACGGAGGAGGAAGAAGAAAACAGUGACCACACUCUCAUUCACGUUCCUGAACGCUACCCAGCCUCCCGUUCACCCCCAGUCCUGCUCCUCAACCCCAAACCCCCCUCUGUCUCUCGUUGCCCUUCCUCCCCCCCACACGCCUGCUCCCCAGACGAGGGCUACCCCUCCGCCCCCGCCUCCCCCUCCUCCUCUGACUACCUGGGGGUCAAAGGUCAGACAGGCUUAGGGUCAGAGGUCGCCAAACUAGGCCUCCUGGACUUCCUGGAGUCAGUGGGAGACUUUGGAAAGAUGGAGCGCUUUAGCCAGGUGAUUCAGGUGGCUCGCUGGGACCUGGAGGGGGAUCCUCAGGGGGAUCUACUGAGGGAUCGACUGGAUCACCUGGACCGACUGGAGAGUGUCAACAGGCAGGUGAAGCUGGCCCACAUCGCCAGGCUCCAUGAGAAGGGACUGGAUCUAGGUGAUCUGGGCAAGGAGGAUCUCUCUGAUGUUCUGGAUGAGAUGGGGAACGUGGAUAUGUCUUGGAAGCUGUAUAAGGGCCGGGGAGGGUCGUUGGGAGAUUCCCAGGAGUUCUCUGAUGCUGGAGUGGAUCUGACAGCACCUUCAGACUGUGACGAGCCCCUGGUCUCACAAUCAGAGACCUCUUCGCCCAUAGAGCCCCCACCGAGACCCCCCAAACCCCCUGCCCGCUAUGCCAGCGUGAACUCUGAACUCCACACCUACAUCAACAUCAGCCGUGACAUCACCCCCUCCGUCUCUGUCUGCACCUCUCCAUCCUCAUCCCCCACUUUCUACACCUUCAGGAUGCGGGAAGACCCCCCUGUCCCUCCCCCUCCCACCUCUCGCCCUCCUCCUCUCCCCCCUGCUCCCACCAUUUCCAUCUCCAACUCCGCCACCCCCCCUGCCAUCCCUCCCCCUCCCUCUUUCCAUGCGUUGGAUGAUGAGAUCCGUAAGCUACUGGUGCUAGCAGGACUGACCCAGGCUGAGCUCCUGAAACUCAGCCCAGAGCUGGGGGUUUGUGUGGGGGGACUGGAGGAGGAGGGAGCGGGGGAGACCCACCACACCUCCAGGCCUGGACAGACACAAGAUAGAGGGAUGAGGAGAAAAGAGGAGAGGGCUAAGGAGCAGUAUGAUAUAGAUGGGUUGGCUGUGGAUGGAUGGAGAGAUGGAGGAGGGAGGUCAGGGGUGGAGAGGGAUAGAGAGACUGAUAUAUUUGGAGGAGUAAAGGAGGAUGAGGGAGAGAAAGAGGAGAGCAGAGAUGUGUUUAGAACCACGUCUUUCACUGACAUGGCGAGAAGGAGGAAGAGAAACAGUGGGUUUGGGGCUAACGUUAGCCUAGCAUCUGACCCCUACUACAGCACUGGCAAUACCAACACCUCUAACAAUGUUAACUUUGAGACUUUCAAAUAUUCCCCUGUGCUCUCGGAAAUCCCUCCCGCUCCUCCCCCGCGUCCCUUACCCCCUGUCCCCCCUACCCUGCCCCCCCUCAAGGUUUGCACCCUUCUCGCCAACUCUUUACGCCCAGAGCGAUUUGAUUGGCUCAUGGCUUUCUCCCCCGAUGGUGAAACCCUGAACCCGCCCUUGGAAGUUAGAAAAUCCAAUGAGGAAACCCUGAAGAAAUCUACUUCCGGGUCAACGUCGUCAUCUGGGUCAACGUCAGGGUCGGGUUCAAAAGUGAUGACCUUCAAGGAACUGCGUAACCGUAGCAAACACAGCUCCCCGGCCUACCAACUAAUAACUGAACCGGAUCCUGAUCCCACAGUCAUAACCCCUGACCCUGACUUCCUCUACAACCUCAAGUGGAGGAGGGAAAAGACGGACAGCGACGGAAUCCAAUGGGAGUACACCUCCCAGGCCCAGGCCACCUUCCUGCAACCACCUCCCCUCACCUCAUUGGCUGCUUUUAGGGAAAUGUUCCAGAAAGCAGAGGAUGCGAUUGGACAACCCGAGUUAUGUCCCUCGCAGCAGAUUGGGUGCUCAGCCAGUGAAGGGAACCUGUGGAGGAUGGAUGGACAGAGAAAAGAGGAGGGAGAAAAGAGGAAAGAAGAGGUAGAGGAAGAAGAGGUGGAGGUGAGAGGAACAGCUGAUGGAGGAAGAACCUGGGAGUCAAGAACUACAGCGGUUCGUAGCGUCUCAUUCGCCGGCUCUGUACAGAGAGGCGGGACUUCCUGGAUGGGCGAUGACGUGAAGGCCCCUCUGAGAGGCCUAGGGCUGUCCUCUCUGUGCCUGCUGGAAAAAAGAGCUCUGGUCAGUGCAGUCAGUGUGGCAGUGGAGGCCAUUUUGGCUCAGUUCAGCACCUCACGGACCCUGGUGCAGAAGUCUGCCUCCAUUAACAAGGCUCUAUCAGGAGACAGCAGUGUGAAUCCGUCUCUGGGUCGGCUGGUGCUGCAGUGUUUGUGCCCCGCCCUGCGGAGCCUGCUCUCUGACGGCCUCAAGCCCCACCAGAGUGAUUUGAUCUCGGGCAGGAGGCCAAACUCAGCCUGGGGACUGGUCCAGGCCUCCACCAGGCCAGGGCCCAGCACUCAGUCCCUGUACAGCCUCCAGGCUAGAAUAGGAGAGCUGCCCCAGCUCAGGCAGAACAAACACAGGUUCAACGCCUUCCUCCUCGGCCUCCUCAACAUCAAGCUUAUGGAUUUCUGGCUGUCCCAUCUCCAGUCAUGCAGUGAUGUGUUGGUGACGUUCUACCGGCCCUCCUCCUUCAUGCGUUUGUCAUUGACUUCCUGCCAGCCUCUGUUUGAGGAGCUCCUCCUCCUGCUGCAGCCCCUCAGUCUCCUGACCCUUAACCUCGACCUGCUCUUCCAGCACCACCACCUGGAGCCAGCCAAUCACAGCCCAGAGAUCCCCAGCCCACCCAAUCAGGACCUGGGAUUCAGGCUCUCGCCCCGGGGGUCCGCUUCCCAAGGCAGGGGCAGCAGCUAUCUCGAGAGCCUAUCAGAGCUGGACUUUGGGAGAGCAGAACCCGAGGCGACCAAUCGUAAUGCGAGCUCGUCGUCCCUGGCCAAUUCAGGGGUGAGAGGGUUGGUGGAGUCACUGAAGCCAGAGAGUCUCAGUGUGGGGCCUGCGAAGGUCUCUGGGGGUCUUGCGGAGACAAGUCCUCAGCUGAUGUGGGUUCAGGAGAAAGAAAUGAUGGAGCUAGCACCUCCUAAUGUUGAGGAGGCCAGUCUCUCCCAACAGGCAGGACAGGUGAUCCAGCAGGGAUGGGGGGCUGUGGUACGCUGGGGGGGCAAGCUGGGCCAGAACCUGGCUGAACUCAGCCUGUCUGCAGUACAGAACCAGGAGGGGACAUCCAGAGACCCCCCAGAGCCCCAGGCCAGUACCCAGGCCAGGAGUGACCCUCCUCAGGUCGAUGGAGCAUUGGCGGUCCCCUGGGGUUUGGGACGGCUGUUUGGAGCCUCCAAUAACCCCACGAUACCCACACUUCCAACCAGACGUCCAUCUCAGUGGUUGUCUCCAGGGGUGUCUGUUCUGACCCGGAUGGUGAGCAGCAGUUCCAGCGCUAACCAGAGGAGGGUGCUGGAGCCCCAGCAGGUAGAAGAGGUGGUAGAGAGAGAGAUGGAGGAGACAUGGGACAACCCAAGACCCCUCAGGUCAGUCAGAACACUAUGCGACCACUCUGGCACAGGGGCGGAGCUAAGCUUCCAGAAAGGGGAGGAGUUAGUGGUUUUAGGGGGUGUCGAUCACGACUGGAUUCGCUGUCGUCAGGGAGACCGAGAGGGGCUCGUACCCAUUGGCUACGCCUCACUGAUCCUGUGAUUUCAGACACCGUAUCAGAGUUUUGAUUGUUUGAAUAUAUAUGGGGGAGGGAAAAUGAAGUCAUAAAGCUAUAAUGUAUUUAGGCAACCAUAGAGAGGCUGUGGCGAAGUCCCAAUGCUCUCAGAGAAAUAGUUCACCCCCGAAUCUAAGUUCAAAUCACGUUUUUAUAUCUCUAAAGUAGUCCAAAGUCGUAUGUCAGGGUUCCCCAACUGGCGGCCCAUGAUUUUAUUUGGCCCCCAAGUUUUCUGAGCAAAGGGUUAGAAUUACUUGUUGGACAUAAAAGACUAAAAUCAGCAGUAAAUGUUGGAAAUCUGUUCCAAAGUAUUCCCACACAUAGAGAGAGAUGUGAUUGUUUACAAAUCUAAGCAAGGUUUGAAAUGAUUACAUUUUUGUCAAAUGUUAUAUCUGUUUGGGCUUCUUGCGGUCAAUUUGCAGUUUACAAAUGAUUUGUGAUUAUGUUCCAGCCCCCUGACCAUCCAUGGCUGAAUCUAGUUGAUGAUCUCUGGUCUAAGUGAUUUAGUUCAGUCCGUACUCCGCACCAUCUUGUUGUGUAGAUCCCACUAUAUGCACUGGUAGAAAUCUGCAAAACUCAAUGCCAUCUAAUUAGGGGGAUUUAAUGAAGAUUUAAUUUAGCUCACCAGAUGGUGUGGAAUAUGGACCCAGCACGACUUCAGACCACUUUUGAAGUGUGAAAACUUCAGACAAACACUUAUCUUGGUGUGGACUAUCCCUAUAAAUGUCCUCCAUUCAUCAUCUCCUCUCUUUGGUGACCACUGAUCUGAGGAGGACUGGAUAAAGCUUUGUAGAAUUCUAUUCAUAGGUUGCACCUCCGUCACUACAUGCCAUUGUUAUGAACUUUCUCAAGCCGCCAUCGGCGUUGCCCUAAAGUGGUGAUAAGUCCAGUCAUUCUGAAAUGAGUCUAACUACUGUUUAGUCUAAAUUACACUAUAGUGCCUGUGGAAAUACGGUGACGUUGCUAAAGUAGUCAAAAAUGUAGUAGGAAACAACUUUCCCAGCAUGAUCAUGUCGUCAAAUUUACUUUAGACAGAUGGCAACGUCAUCAUUUAUUUUGCAAAAAUAGCUAGCAAGGCUAACGUUAGCUAGUUACAAUCAGGUGGCCUCCCCUCAAUUUAAGCUAGUUAGCUAACGUUAUACUGCAUCUAAAGUCUAUCUGGUGACAUCUAAAUGAUGACGAAUGGGUUUCCUAAUAAUAAUUUGCCUGUUUUUGAAUGUCAUUGUAUUUCCUGGCCACUGUAAUGCACUUUCGAUGAAAUCUUCAUCAGCGCUUAUUGACGAUGCAUUGAGUAGAAUGCUCAGUCGGGCAUCAGUCCAGACGAACGUUAAAAACUAUAUUGUGACGAAACAUGCAACGCAUGCAUUCAGCUUAUCCAGACACUUUCAGAUCAGCAGUCACUAUGGGAAGAUUUAUAGCCUGGUAGCCAGGUCUGUUUCUGCUCUAGCCAACUCCUUCGCCUCAGACCCAGGACCCAGACCUUGCGCCAGGCUAACCGGUGAAGGGAGCCAUGGUAGAGUAUUGGAGCGUAGCCCCUGUUACGUAACGUAGUACCAUAGUGAAAUGUAGCUGUUUUCUGUGUUCUAUUUGACCUUUCACCCCUAUUGAUCUCUCACCUCUUUCGCCUGGUCUCUGUGUGUGUGUGUUUGACAUGUUCCCACUACAAUUAAUAGUCAGUUUAAAAAGGAUAACUAUUUGACUGUAUAAAUAUACAUACAUAAUAUAUAGGUAUAUAAAUAUAGAUUAAUUUAACCGAGAUAGAUAGAUAGAUAGAUAACCAAGAGAAACAGAUAGUCAAACGUUACUAUAGAUACGGUUGAUCAUGAAUCAAAUUGAUAAGUGAUCUGGCCUUUUAUCCCCAACUCACCAGUCACUACUCUAUAGUCAUUAUACACAGCUCCAGUGUUUUUGUCAAUUAUUGGAAUCCAGUGGCUUCAUCUUAGUGUGUGUUGUAUGCAUUGCCUUGACUUCAUAUCCUUCAUAGCGUCAUCAUACCCUGAUAGAUUUAGUCUCAUACCUUUACACUGUAUUUAUUGUAUAAUAAAUGCUUUGAGUGAAUGCAGCAGGGUUGGGCUCAAUAUGGCAGUCAAUUCAGGAAGUAAACUGAAAUUCCAAUUCGAUGAUUGAAAUAGGGGCCUCUUUUUUUAAUGACUUCUUAAUGAAUUAAAAAAGAGAAGCUAUUUAUGUUUUUUAAUUAGCUGAUUUUAAAUUAAAAUCACUUCCUGAAUUGGCAGCCUUCAAUUCGAAUUGAGCCCAACCCUAGAAUGCAGAAGAGUAUCUAUCUAUACAACACAUAUCUAUCUAAAGGACAUUCUAGUAUCCAACAGUAUAUUAGUAUAACUGGCAUAGCAAUGCUGUAACUUCAAUCAGUCCACACCUCUUAAACCUCACUAACACAUACUACUCAGUGCUUAUGGAAAUAUCAAUGCUUUGAGAUAGACAGAUAAACAGACAGAUAAACAGACAGAUAAACAGACACAUAAACAGAUAGACAGACAGACAGAUAAACAGACAGAUAAACAGAUAGAUAAACAGAUAGAUAAACAGACAGAUAAACAGACAGAUAAACAGAUAGAUAAACAGACAGAUAAACAGACAGAUAAACAGACAGAUUAACAGAUAGAUAAACAGACAGAUUAACAGACAGAUUAACAGACAGAUUAACAGACAGAUAAACAGAUAGAUAAACAGACAGAUUAACAGACAGAUUAACAGUCUGAGGGACUUGAGACCUGUCUCUUUCUACUCAGCCCAGGGUUGAUCAACUGUAGUCUGGUUACUUUUCCUUUACCUCAUAGAUCAAUUAGUAUCUUUGAUUCCCCAGAUAUUUAACUCUACUGGUUACCUGGGCAUUACUAAGUCUGACUAUAAGACAAUUGAAAAGACUACAGAGACCAGUAGACAAUGUGGGUUUCCAUAGUUGUACAUUCCUGACCGAGACUAUCCAAGCUUUCAGAUGAAGCAGUAAGCUACUCCCUGAUGUACUGUAUGUGUAUGAAGAUACCACGACUGUCAAGCCUAUGUGUUUGAGGAAGAGGCUGUCCUUCCCCCAACCGUACCUCAGCUCUCAUAUGUACCUUCCUUCUUUCCCUACCUGUCAUGCUAACCCGUGUAAGGUCAUCAUUUUUAAUACCGUAGUAACGAUAGUGGUAGUUGAAUAACGUUAAAGUAAUAAUGUUUAUUACUAUGUUUAUCUUCUGAUUUGGUUGGUAGUUAUUCUGUAGGCUUGGUAAUGAUGAUGCAUAAUGAUGUACUUCUCAAAGGCUUCUGGUUUAAAGGAACUGUUUGUAUGCUGUUUUUUUUGUUUUGUCACUUGCGGGUGACAUGGCGCUUCUUGAAGAGUUCAGGUUACUUGAGGAAUGAAGAAUAGAACAUAUUACCCAUAAAUUCAAAUUCAAUGGGAAUAUCGCUCUUUUGAUUGGUCAGAAAAAAAUAUAAAAGGUUACCAUGCCAACAAGCCUCUGUGGUGUAGCACAGGGUUAGUGUCCCUAUGACAACCCUAUGACAACAUUAGAUUGGAAACAUUGUAACUUUGCACUUGCAUUACACAGGCUACCAAAUCUUCCACCAAAUGCAAUGGUAUGGCACUGGCUAGUAUGUCAACAACCUAACUAGCUAAUCCAAAUCGCUGGUGUCUCAAGACAAUGUGUAUCUAGAAUAGAUAGUUGUUUACCAAACAGUGGAGCCACUGUGUGUCAUGGCCAGUCACACUAAACCCCUGGUUUUCUAAAGGCUUUAGCUGGGUCACGGCAACAAAACAAGAUAGACAACUACUUUCUUAGGCCAGUCAAUUGACAUGAGUCGUUUUAGAGCUAUCUAUAAUGUAUUUUAAUUACAGCUUGUAGUAAAUUAGGCUGUAUGAGGGAGGAGCUAGUUAGUGUCAGCAAGGCCCACCAUUCAAUGUGCCAUGCCUAGAUGCAGGUGAAGGGUAAACCUAACUUCAGGAAAUACACAUGGUCUGUGACGGUAACAAUCUCAGUAUGUUGACAAGGAUUUUUUUGUUAUUUUUGUCAUUGAUUCGGGUAUAUUUUCCAUUGUGUGAGAUGAUCCAUGAUAAAUGCAUUGAUUUGUAUGAAAAGCUGUACAUUUAUUGGAGGUGGUAUUUAUUGACCCUGGAGUCCCUGAAAGGUAUAUAGCUCUGUUGUAUUUAUCCCCUCACAUCUAUCUAUCAAUCUAUCUAUCUAUCUAUCUCUGUGUGUGUGUGUGUGUGUGUGUGUGUGUGUGUGUGUGUGUGUGUGUGUGUGUGUGUGUGUGUGUGUGUGUGUGUGUGUGUGUGUGUGUGUCACAGGAGGUUGGUGGCACCAUAAUUGGGGAGGACAGGCUUGUGGUAAUGGCUGGAGCGGAAUAUGUGGAACGUUAUCAAAUACAUGAAACACCUGGUUUGAUGCCAUUCCAUUCGCUCCGUUCCAGCCAUUAUUAUGAGCCGUCCUCCCCUCAGCCUCCACUGGUGUGUGUGUGUGUGAACGAGCAUGUGUCUGUGUGUGUAGCAGUGGGUUCUGUAUCUCUCUGGUGUGAUGUAGCCUGCCCUGUACCUCACUGUUCCAUAGUGUACUGUGUCCCUGUAGCGUCAGUCAGCGUCCGACUCCCGCAUGAGCUUGUUUGUAAAUACCCAAUAAAUAAUCAACAUAAACCAAA